GCGUCGACACAAAAGAGCUGAGCAGGCACGCAUUGUUGCACAGCUCAAGCGCAGGUGUGCAAGCGUUGCUACUCAGCAACCGCCCCGAGCACACGACCAUUCGCCGCGCCGUCCUUGACGCACAGUCGUCGGGUGGAGUUUGCGUGGCCGACGACACAGUUUGCGCACAAGGAAAAGGCAACGGGGCUUGCGCUGCACGACAGCUGCAGCCUUGCAUGCGCCGUAACAAUAGCAGCAGCAACAAGCUAGCAGCCGCCGAGCAAGGCCUGCCAAAAAAAAAGAUGCCAAAGCCGCAGCCGUGGCUCGUACUACUCUCGCAACGACGCGUCGCCCUCGCUGGAGCUUUGGUAGCGUUCGCCGUCCUAUACGCGUUCUCACGACAAGACGAGGCCAAGGAUAAUGAAGAAAUACCAUGCGACGUCCUCACAAACCCCCGCUGGGCGCCGCGCCUCCCUUCUUUGGUCGAGCUUUCGUUGAGGAACUGCGGCCUGACGGAGCUGCCGGCGGCCAUCGGCCAGUGCGCAUCGCUCAAGAAACUUGAUUUAGGAGGCAACGACCUCACGGACCUACCGAUGACGUUAGCAAAGUGCACGCGGCUCGAAAUCCUCUUCGUGCUGGGGAGCAGACGCAUGCAGAGUGUCCCGAAGGUCCUCGCGCGAAUGACGUCGCUGACGCGCCUGGGACUCAAGAGCAACGGCCUCACCAAGUUACAUGGAGACGCGUUACCCCCGCACUUAAUCCACGCCAUCUUCACGGACAACCAAAUUACGACAAUCGAUGAGGAAGCGUGGCGCAAGUUCUCUUCUAUAAGAAAGCUCAUGUUGGCGAACAACAAGCUCACUUCGUUUACUGGCGGCACUAACCCCUCAAAAAACCUAGCAUCCCUAGAAUUAGUGCGCCUCGCGAACAACGACCUGCAGUCCCUGCCGGACGAAGUGCUGAGGGCGCCUAGAUUAGCUUGGGUCGCGCUGGCCGGGAACCCGCGGCUCGUCGGCUUCGGCCAACUGGCUAGCGCGCUCGAGACGACGAUGGCCCGGAUCGAUUUCAGCGACGCCGUCGCCCUCGGCAAGGGCGCUUCCGGCAGUGUGCGGUCCGCGUCCUUCAAAGGCACGCCCUGCGCCGUCAAGGAGCUGCUCGAGACGUCGUCGGACGGCGCCGCGCGGGACGAGCUCGCGGUGCACGAGCGCGUUGCUGGGGAGACGCCUUCCACAUUAAUCAAGACGCUGGCCAUCAUACGAGAACCGCCGGCCGUCGUCAUGGAGCGCCUGACGAAGAAUGCGAGGGACCUCGCGAGGCCCCCUACCAUAAUAGAAGUGACGCGGGACCGCUACGAGGACGGCGAGCGCUUCUCGAGCGCCUUCUCCAUUACGCUCCUAAAGGGUUUGGCCGAGGCGCUGCGGUACCUGCAUUCGAAGCGCGUGGCGCACGGCGACGUCUACGGCCACAACACGCUCGUAUUGGAUUCGACGGGCGCGGCGAAGCUCGGGGACUUUGGCGCGUCGUUCUACUACGGCGAGCUCGCGCCGUCGGCGCAAAGGCUGAUCGAGCGCGUCGAGGUCCGCGCGUUCGGGGUCUUGUGCGCGGAGGUCGCGACGCGAAUCGUCGGCGCGGCGGCGACGCGGGACCGGCUCUUGGCCGUCGCCGACGACUGCCUCCAGGGCGACGCGGCGGCGCGGCCGUCGUUCGAGAGGCUGGUGGCGGCGCUGGGUAAUGUGAACUAAUCGUACC